AUGGGAAAAAGAACAUUUAGAGGUAAAAAACGAGCAACUACACUAAAUGAAUUAUACGAGCUCGAAUUUGUUAAAAAAGAAAAAAAGAAAUUAAAGAAAUUAAAUUUUGCUACAAAUAAAAAUAAACCAAACGAUGAAUCCACAAUAAAAGAUACAAAACAAAAGGAAUUUAAUAAAAAGGAAAAUAAAAUUAAUAAAAGACUGCUAAAGGAAUUUGAAAAAUUAAAAAAACACGAAGAAAAAUUUAAGGGAAAAACUUACUAUACAUCAGAUCAAGAUGAUGACCAAACAGAUAUAGAAGAAAAUAAUCAUGACCAAAAUAAAAAACUAACAAACAAACAAAAUAAAUAUGAAACAUUCUUAAAUAUUCUUCAAAAAAAAAAAAAUGAAAUGUUCAAUCAUGUUUUAAAUGAAGAUAUUAAAAGUAACCAUAAUGAUCAUCAUACAAUAUCGAAAAAUAUUAAUAAACAAAACCAAACAACAAAAAAAGAUAAUAUACAACAAAAGGGUAAUGUAAAAAACACAACACUUCUACACAAACAAAAAAAUGAUGAAAUAUAUAUGUCUUUCCUAGUUAAUAAUAUAAAUAAACAAUCUAAUGAUUUUUAUUUAUUAAAUGAUUUAUAUAUAAAUAAUUCUCAAGAAAUUUAUAAUGAUAACAAUACAAUAUCGAUCAAUUAUAAAAAUGUUAAUACAAAUAACGAGAAUAUACAUAAUAUAAUAAAAGAACAACAUGAUAAAAAUAUACCUGACCAUAAUAAUUUUAAUGAAAAUAUUAUGAACGGCAAUAAUUUUAACCCAAAUAAUAACCUGAACAAUCAUAAUUUAAGUGAAAAUAUUAUGAACGGCAAUAAUUUUAACCCAAAUAAUAACCUGAACAGCCAUAAUUUAAGUGAACAUAUUAUGAACGGCAAUAAUUGUAACCCAAAUAAUAACCAAAAUAAUCUAUUGUAUAAUUAUUCAAAAACCUACAAUUGUAUCUCUAUAUAUAAUAACUACCAAAAUGAUUCUUAUAAAUUAUGUGAAAAUAAAAUGGAUUAUUAUUUUUCCUUUUGUCAAAACAUAGAUGAAGCAUUUAUAGAACAAUUCUGCAAUAAUAAAAAAAAAAAAAAUAGAUUACAAAAUACGAAUGAACAAAAGGAUAACGAUAAAUCUAAUGAGUAUAAAAAUAAGACAAUUGAAGAUAUAUAUGUUAAAUCUAAUUUGUUUGUAGAAACAAAUAUAUUUAAAUCUAAAAAGCAAACUAAAAAUGAAUACACUGGUCAAAUAUUUAAUAAUGUACAGAUUAAACCAUAUUUUUUCUCACCUUAUUUAGAAAAAAAUUAUAUAACAUAUUAUUUAAUGAAUAUAUUGGAUACAAAACCAAAGAGUAUCUUAGAUAAUGAAAAUUUUUAUAAUAUUAAUGAUCAUAUCUUAUUAAAUUUGAAAAAUUAUCUCUCAACAUUUAAACAUCCAGUGGCCUAUUUUAAUAGUGACAUAUAUAUGUAUAUGCAAAAUUAUUAUAAUAUGAAAAUUAAAAAAAUUGUAAAAGAUGAAAAUAAAAACGACCCUUGCGAUGACAACGAUGUAAAAGAUUCGCAUAUGAUAAAUGAUAUGCAAAAUGGUGAGUCAAUCGAAGAAAAUAAAACAAAUAAAAUUCAUAAUCAUAAUAAAAAUAAUAAUAGUAGUAAUGUUUAUAAAGCCAACAAGAAAAAGAAGAAAAUCUUUCGUGAUAUUUCAAAAAUUAUAGAACAUAUAGAAUUGAAAAGCUAUUUUCAUUACAUAAAUUCAUAUGUAGACAUUUUAUAUUCAAAUAAAAAUGUUCUGAACAGUCAUUUAAUAAAUAUAUUAAAUGUUGUUCAUAUUUUAAAUCAUUUAAAAAAGAAAAGAAAACGAAGAAAAUAUAUAAAAAAAAAAUUAGAAAAAAUGGAAAAGUCACAAAAUAUUAAACAAGAAAAUAUUGAAUUAAAAGAAGAAUUUUGUGAUGAAUCUUUUGCUAGACCUAAAAUUUUAAUUCUAUGUCCAUUUAGAUAUAAUGCAAAAGAAUAUGUAGAUAUAAUUUCUAAUUUAAUAAAACCUAGUGAAAUUAAAAAUAAAAAUAGAUUUGUUAUUGAAUACGAUAUAACCAUUAAUGAAAAAAAACAUAUGAAAGAGAUAUACACAAAAAAAAAAAGAACACUUGAUUAUAUAAAUAUAUAUCAAGGAAAUAAUGAUGAUUGUUUUAGAUUAGGUAUAAAAAUAUUAGAAGGUGAUAAAAAAAUACAAUUAUAUUCACCGUUCUGUGAUAGUGACAUAUUAAUUUGUUCUCCUUUAGGAUUAGAUAUAAUUAUUAAGGAAUCUAAAGAAAAUGAUUCUUCACAAGAACAAAAUGAAGGAGAAGAUAAUAUUAUAUAUGAUGAAAAUAGUUCAGAUGAUUAUGAUAUGAAUAAUGAAAAUAAUGGCUUAACAAAUGAAAUGAGAAAAGAUAAAAACAUAAACAAAAAAAAAAAAAAUAAUAAACAUUAUAAUAAUAAUAAAAAAAAAAAAAAGUUAUAUGAAUAUGAUUUCUUAUCAUCUGUUGAAAUUUUAUUAAUUGAUGAAAUUGAUAUUAUAUUAAUGCAAAAUUUAUUGACAUUAAAAACUGUUUUAAAUUUUAUUAACAAACCAUUACUUAGAUGGGGUAGUGCAAAUAUAAAUAGAAUUCCAAAAUAUGUAAUUAAUGGUUUUUUAAAAAAUUAUAGACAAACUAUUAUUUCGUCAAGUAUUAUAGAUACUAAUUUUAUAUCAUUAAUACAUUCCUCAAAUAAUUAUAGAUCAUUUUUAAAAUUAUUUAUAAGGAAUGAUGAUAAAUCCGUUUUAUUAGAUUUAAGAAAUUCUUUAAAUAUAAAUCAAUAUUUUAAAAAAAUCGAAUGUGAUAAUAUUUUAAAUAUAGAGGAAAGUAUCUUAAACUUUUUCUCAACUAACGUUAUGGAUAUUUUAACUAACAUAAAACAACUCAUCAUAUUUAUACCAACAUAUAUUGAAUAUUUGAGAAUAUAUGAAUUAUUAAAAAAAAAUGAUAUCUCAUUUAAAGGAGUUAAUGAAUAUACAAAUGAAAAAAAAAUAUUACAAAUUAGAAAACUAUUUAAAUUUAAACGAAUUAAUAUUUUAUUAGUAACAGGACGUUUAAUAUAUUAUGAAAGAUGUACAUUCAAAGGAGCAAAUCAUAUUAUUUUCUUUUCACCUCCAAAAUUUCUUUUUAUGUAUUCUGAGCUAAUUAAAAAUUUAUCUAAAGAUCCAAAUUCAUCUUCUAUGUGUUAUUAUACAAAAUAUCAUACAUACGAAUUAGAGAGAAUAGUUGGACAAGCAAGAACAAAGCAACUGAUACAUGAAAAAAAUGGAAAAAUUACACUAUUUAAAUGA